AUGCCAACUCAAGAAGCAUUCAGUAAUGACUCCAAAUCUUUUCUGGGUCGCCUCGCCGACAAAGCAUCGGAAAAUUCUACCAAGACAGCCAGGGCUCAAGAACGAUACGAAGAGGUUUCGAAGGUACUUGAAUUAGUUGAAAGUUCCGUGAAGAAUUACCGGGACUUAUCGCAAGAGAGGUUGAGAAACGGGGAUACCUCACUCAGACAGACUAUCGAGAAGAGGAUAAGUCAAAUCACCGAUAAUAGUAAAGUUCAUACCGAUAAUCCCAAAGAAAACUUACGAAGGAUCAAAGACGCAUGGAGCUUUCAUCUCUUGGGAGUGGAAGAAUCCUGA